AUGACUGCUCCAUGGCCAUGUUCGAUCUGGGGAAUAGAUGUGAUCGGAACUAUUGAUCCUCCUGCUUCAAAUGGGCAUCAAUUCAUUUUAGUGGCAAUUGAAUAUUUCACCAAGUGGGUUGAGGCCGCGUCCUAUAAGCAUGUGACUAAGAAAGUGGAGUCGGAUUUCUUGAGAAAUAAUAUCAUCUGUCGUUUUGGGGUACCAGAGACGUUGAUCACUGAUAAUGCCAAAAACCUCAACAAUGAUAUGAUGGAUGGAUUAUGUGAACAGUUCAAGAUCAGACAUCGAAAUUCUACUAUUUAUAGGCCUCAGAUGAAUGGAGCUGUCGAAGCCGCAAAUAAGAACUUGAAGAAAAUCAUUCGUAAGAUAACUGAAGCACACCGGGAUUGGCAUGAGAAGCUGCCUUAUGCACUAAUGGUGUACAGAACUACCAUCAGAACUUCUACUGGUGCAACUCCUUACUCUCUUAUGUAUGGAAUGGAAGCAGUCCUGCCUGCAGAAGUUGAAAUUCCUUCCUUGCGCAUUCUGAUGAAAGCUCAGAUAGAAGAAACUGAAUGGGUCAGAGAACGUCAGGAGCAAUUGUCUCUGAUUGAUGAAAAGAGGUUGAAUGCCGUGUGUCAUGGACAAUGUUAUCAGCAACGAAUGGCUCAGGUUUACAACAAAAAAGUCAAGCCCCGUUUGUUUGAAGUUGGAGAUAAGGUUUUGAAACGGAUUCUUCCAAUGCAAGAUGAGGCUAAAGGGAAGUUUGCUCCCAAUUGGCAAGGACCAUUCAUUGUUAAGAAAGUGCUAUCCAGAGGAGCGCUUAUUCUUAUGGAAAUAGAUGGUCAAGUUUUUCCCCAACCAAUCAAUGCAAAUAUGUGCAAAAAGUUUUUCAUUUGA